UCCAGACGAGUUGUCUGGUUUACUUUGGACACUUGUGACAGGUGCCACACUUUGUCAACUCGCGGUGUUCGUCUCCUGGAAAAGAGCAGUUACGUGAGCGAGAUGAAUCGCCCAGCAUUAUCCAUCGUCGUCGGUGUCCUCUGUCUGCUGCCGUGUGCGUUGACCGAUCCGCGGCCAGAUUUUGGUGUUCAACCGAAAAUUCCUGCCAGUGACAGUGUGAACACUUCAUUCGUAGAUGCAUUCGGCCAGUUGAACGAUGUCCUCGAUCCGCCGAUCAACACCACACUGCAGAUCGACAAUGCGAAGCUGAAAGUGGUCUACAAAGCGAUCCAGGAAGUUCAAGGUCGAUUCAAAACCUUCUCAUCCGCCCUGAAGUACGAAGAGCUUUUCACAACCGAUAAUGGAACGACACUAGCUUUCGCUAACGUCAUUUCACCGCUCACUGCAAUGUUUAACUACCUUCUUAUAACAUUCGCAACAACCGUCACAACGCCCUUGGAUGAGAUUGGAUUCUUUGGCAUUGUGGACGAGUUGGCGGAUGAGUUUGUACGCUUUGGUGGCGGGCUGCCUCUCCUAGCGUCGCAACUGCAAGGACUUAAGGAAAGCCUGGCUAAAGCCGUACUAGACAACGGAAACAGCACCGUUAUGACGGUUGAAUUUUUGGGAAAAUAUGUGAAAUCAGCGGCGGUGUACAAGGUGGCGCGUGCUAUAAGGAACUUGGAAGCGUACACACCGGUUAUCACGUACACGCUCGAUACGGUCUACGAAAAUCUUCUGGAAGCGGAUCGUUUCAUCGAUGAACUACAAGCCGAGGUGAACAAUUUUGCCAACAGUAAUGGCAGUGAAUACACCGACGCCUACAAACUCAGCUCGGAUGCUGUGGAACUGAAGGCCUCGAGCGGUGUUGCUGUUAACCUGAACGUGUCAUCGAAUCUUAACACGGCACUCAGUGGUAAUGCGAAGUUCACAGCAACCAGCAAUGCGAGUACCAUUUUGGGCAAGCUCGAUGCUUUGGCCAAGAAGGAUACGUCCGUUGGCGAUGGGUUGCUGCAAACCGAAUUCAAUGCUACACUGGCCGCCAUUAAGAGCCUCGUUGGCUCCAAGACUGCGAAUGUAAACGUCACCACUGAUCCGACUGUGCAAGCUCUGAUCGACGUGUUGAUGGGUAACAACAAAGGCUUCGGUCGGUACUGUUAUCACAAGUACAAGGACCUCUUCUCUAACCUCUUCGACAAUGGCGUGAACAGUGGGUUCGAGUGUGUGGACAAGGAGACCGAACGAUUGGUCAAUCUGCAGGACAUCAUCGUGGAGCUGUUGGUUCAAAUCAAUUACGAUCUGGAAGGCAUCAGCGAGCAAAUUAGUCUGUGCACCGCGCUAUCACCUGCUCCGCUUAUCGAUUCAUGUGUAGCGGCGAUUUCCAGCUACUACGUGGACCUGUUUGUGGCAAUGGAGCAGAAAAUCAACACGCUGUACACGUUCGUAACGAGGGAAGCCAUCGCCAGCAGGAGCCGUCUGCUGAUCUGUUUCGAGCUGUCCUACUACCAGGUAGCCGCCGUGGAUGCAACAAUGAUCACCAACAAUGUGCAGGCUUGUGCAAGAGAUGGUCCUUCCGGUACCGAGGAAUAA